AUGGAAUCCGAUCAAUGGCUUCUUGACGCCUGGAGGAAUUCGCCUCGUGAAUGGCAAAAUCGUUGCUACCAUUUAUCCGCGAAAAUACUAUGUGUUCAUGGGUCCUCCCCUCGCUACGACCCUUACACAAUGCCGUCUAUUUUGGCUGCAGAAGGAUUUACGAUGCCCGCUGAGGAUUUCGUCACGGCUAUGGAGCUUAUCACCAAUGAUUACCGCUUUAGAAGCUUUUCAACCCUAUAUUCUCGUUUGGUAGCAUUUUGGAUGACACUAUCUAUUAUUAUCUUGCUGGUCGUAUUGUUCGCCAACUCCGAAGGAGGUAUUCUUGUGAUGACGUUCUGCCUGUUUUGGUGUGUCAUGCUGUUCGCUGGCAUUAUUGCGUGUGCCAUCAUUCGCAAGCAGAUACGUAUUGGAUUACGUCAUUGUGUUCAGUCAGCUAACAAAAUUCUAAUCAAAAAUAAUGUAAUUGCCGGUGUUGAAGACAAAGGGCAGCUAAGUUGUCAUAAAGUCGUGAUUCAUAUGAUGACUUGCUUACCAGACAUUGAACGCCUUAUUCGAAUCGAAGCUAGUGGAGGUGCUGUGGUAUUCGGGACUGGAGCCCAUACUGCUCCAGCCAAAGAAAUGACGAGAAAAGAGAUUGCGGAAAAAGCGCGGCAUUUGAUUCUGAAAUACAGUCAAGAGUUUGUGAAGGAUACAGCCAGGUAUCGCCUCGUUUUUCCUAGUCGCCCUGCGCUUGGAGUGAGUGAUUAUACCCCAAAGCACUGUCCAAAACAAAUGUGUUUGUGUCAGUAUAUCGAUAAGUACCACUUCAAUCGUCCGCCCAAAAAAUGGUAUUCAUACUUUGUCUGA